GUGUGAAAGGGAGACAGAGGGGUCAGCUUAGGCAUCUCUUCAUUCUGUCUAACCGCAUGCACUUCCCAGGGAGAGGUUUUUGAACCUUGCAGAAAAAAGGGGGAGGAAAAUUAAUCGUGGAAGGGGCGGGGAGAGAUUCGUCUGCUCUUUGUUUUUGAAUGAGGUGAGAGUGAUUGUGUGCGUUCUUGUUUUGAAAGCUCUCUUUGCCUUCAGCUGCCUUUCGAGUCGGUCCGGAGAUGAUGGCUUGUACUGAGAUGAUCACACUGUGCCUCCAAACGGGAAAACACACAGAGAAUAACCCUACCGGCAGCCAAGUAAGCACGACUGUGCCGGUCUUCAUCGAUAUUUUUCGAAGAGCAGACAAGAAUGAUGAUGGUAAAUUAUCCUUUGAUGAGUUUAAGGCCUACUUUGCAGAUGGAGUCCUGAGCACUGCUGAGUUACGGGAGCUGUUUGUCAAGAUUGAUAAGCACCGCACGGACAACUUGGACACAGAGGAGCUAUGUGAGUAUUUUUCUGAGCAUCUAGGGGAAUAUGAAAGUGUCCUGUCAGCUCUGGAACAGCUCAAUAUCUCCAUUCUGAAGGCAAUGGACAAAACCAAAAAGGAAUACCAGAGCUCCUCAACUCUGGAACAAUUUGUGACCCGCUUUUUGCUCCGAGAGACCAUGGACCAGCUGCAGUCGCUGCAGAGCUCUCUGGAAUGUGCGAUGGAUGCCAUUGAGGAGCAAACUAGCCAUGAGAGGCCGGAGCAGGACACGCCUGAGAUCCCGCCUGUCCAUCGCCCAGGGAGACGAUGUGGUCGCAGAGCUCAGAAGAAUAUCUGCCUGUCCCCUAGUGACCCAUACUCAGGAAUCCUUCACUCAGGUGUCUGUGUGGAACCAGAGAGUCAGUGGGUGACCCAGGUUAACAGAUUGCAGCAGCUGAUUGACAGGUUGGAGUGCAAGACUCCCAGACUGGAGCCCUUAAAGGAAGAAGUAAUUGAGGAAGCCACUAAUUCUCACAUCUUGGUCGUGCAGCGGCAGAUGUCUGUGCUGGAGGAGGAAGUAGAGGAGUUCCGUUUUGCUUUGAAACAAUAUGUGGAGUUGGCCUCCAAUCAAAGUGGCAGCUUGCACAUCUCAGUUCAGAGGCUGGGUAAUGAAACCUGCUUCAUAAUCUAUGAGUUCUGGCAGGACAGGACUUCAUGGAGGAGCCACUUGCAGGCAAACUACAGCAAGAACUUCCAGAGGAACAAUGUAGACUUCCUGGAGACACCAGAACUAAUGACAACCAUGCUGCUUCCUGCAUCCUGGUGGAUUACCAGCAAGAACAACAACAACUGACCCCUUUGCUUUUCAAAGUAACACCACUCUUAAGGAUCUUGGGUAAAGCAUCGUUCUCAAGAUUGGCUGAUGUUGCUUCACGAACCAAUGGAUAUCAUUCAACCUACUGCCACAGAACUUUUUUCUUUAGACAAAUCAAAUACUCAAUAACAAAUUGCUACAGUGUGUUUUGGUUGCUAAAGUAUUUAUUGUGUGAUGCAGGUAAGGUGCAGUUGACCUGAGCUCCCAAUGUGACUAAAGAUGAGUUCUGUUUGCCUGUUUGCUGUAAGCUCCCCCCUAGCCCUGUUAGAGCAACACUACAUGCCCUCAGGACUAUGUUGCUUCGUGAUGUCAAAAAUGACCUGAGCUCAAUGCCAGUAUUUACUGACCCAACUCAAAACCAAUUCAUCCCAAAUGUGAAAAGUAAACGCUGAAGAGAAAAUGGGGGAGUGGGAAUAAUUUGGUAAUUCUUUCAGGGUCAGCACAGAUAUGGUGUUCCCAAUGGCUUCCUCCUGUGCUGUGCAGUUCUAUGAUUCUAUGAUCCUCAUUUCCUUGUCUAUAAGAGACAUCCUCCUUAGCAAUAUGCAUCAACAGUUGUGCGCUUGGAUGUUGUAAAAUUAUACCUUCUCUUUUUCAGAGAUAGUAGUUGCCAAUGCUGGAGAAUCUGAGAUAACAAAGUGUAGAGCUGGAUGAACAACAGCCAUACAAACAGCAUCAGAGGAGCAGGAAAGCUGACGUUUCAGGUCUGGACCCUUCUUCAGAAAUGGGGGAGGAGAAGGCACUCCUUGACCUGUCCGUCUUUUCUCCCACCUAUCCGCUCCUUCCACCUCAUUGACCAAGCCCCACCCCCACCUCCUAUCUACCAGCCUCAUCCCCACCUCCUUGACCUGUCUGUCUUCCUUCAACUGGCCAACCCCCAUCCCACCUCUCUACCUGCACUCACCUUUACUGGCUUCAUCCCUGACUCCUUGACCUGUCCGCCUUCUCUCCAUCUAUCUGCACCUUUAUCCACCUUCCAUCAUUGCCUCCCCCUCUCUCUAUUUAUUUCAG